AUCCUGUCGGAAACACACUCCUGUACGUCACGAGCAGUCCCGAUCUGUUCGUGAUUAUGUGCGUUUGUUGUUUCGUGAGGUAUUUGUUGCUCUUUGUUCGGCCUCCGAGACACAGUCGCUAAUUUUUCUACGCGAUUUCCUCUCACGUGCGAGAAACCGGAGAAACUGGUUCGACAAGUGCUCCGGUCACUUGCCUUUCACUCUUGGUAAUCCGGUUUCACGAGAGGUUAUCGAUCUCGCAACACGGUCGGUUACACAUCGGACCCCCUGCGGAUCGUAUCGUUCCUGCGACAACUCGGUUUGUACAACAUACGCGCGAUAUCUUCACGGGAGGACGUAAAUAGCAGAAAUUGCACAAGCCUCCUACAGUCGGAAUUGCUUACUUGCGCUUCUCAUAUCUCUCGCGCGACCGCGUUAUGCGGUAGCACGUGCUUCAGUGAGUGGAAUCCCUCGGAGCAGCAGCAACGAUAGUAACGAAACAUGUUCUCCUGCAGAAGCCUCCUCGUCGCCGUGACGAAACCGUCGCAAAGGUUCGCGAGAAAACUGCAUCUGUCAAAAUGCAGGCAAGAAGCAAGGAUAGUAGAUGGACGGAAAAUAGCAGAAGAGAUUCAGGAGGAAUUAAAGUUGGUCAUUGACACUUACACAAAUGCAGGAAAGAGAAGGCCAAAGCUGGUGGCAAUAUUAGUGGGAAAUCAUCCAUCUAGCAAAGCUUACAUUGGUAAAAAAAUGAGAGCAGCGAAGUCUGUAGGAAUCGAGAGUUACACCAUCCACUUGGGAGAAAAUAUCGCGCAAACAGAUCUUCUCAAAGAGAUUGAUAGUCUGAAUAGAGAUCCAACCGUCGACGGGAUUCUGGUGCAGUUACCAUUGCCAAGAAACAUGAGUGAGAAAGAAGUGUGUCAAGCGAUAAUUCCCAAGAAAGACGUGGACGGUUUUCAUCUGGAGAAUAUCGGUAAUCUAACACUGGACAACAGAAGCAUCGUGCCAGCCACUGCCCUGGCAGUCAGAGAAUUAGUGAUUAGGAGUGGAAUCGAGACGUUUGGAAAAAACGCCGUAGUCGUGGGCAGAUCGAAACACGUCGGGCUGCCUAUCGCGCUGUUACUUCAUUCGGAUGGCAAAGGCGAGACAGGCGCCUUAGACAUGACUACGACUAUCUGCCAUCGUCACACUCCCCACACCGAACUGGAAAAGUUGACGAAACUAGCGGACCUGGUGGUAGUGGCGGCCGGGGUUCCCGGUCUAAUCUCCAAGGAGAUGAUAAAGCCAGGUGCGUGUGUAAUCGAUGUCGGUAUCACUAGGAUGAAAACGGCGGACGGCAAGUAUCGACUGGUAGGGGACGUGGAUUACGACAGCGUAAAAGAGAUUGCCGGACACAUCACGCCGGUCCCCGGCGGAGUAGGUCCCAUGACGGUUGCGAUGUUGAUGAGGAACACGGUAGCUGCUGCCAUGGGAAACCAAGAGGACCAAACCAAACAGUCCGUCCAUUUGGAGAGUAGCGAAGCUUUCGUAUAACGUCACGCCUAAUAUGUAAUUGUGUUUAGGAGAAUUUCCAAUUUCUCGAAUCGAUAAAUAUGUUUUCCCCGUAUCGCACGUGUAGCGCACACGAAGUAUUAUUCAUGCAAAAAGAAGUUCGAAUUGUUAUUUCGUAAUUUAUGCUCGACAUUAAUUUUAUUAAAUCUGUAAAAGUAUCUAUGCCGCAGGAAGGAUAUAUUAAGAGAGUACAUACGUCUCAUCGAUGUCAUAUAAAUUGAUGAAAUAAGAUGCCGAGAAUUAUUUAUAAUAAAAUUA